GCUUUUAUUCUGAAGGAGGGAUGACCGAACAUCCGGCCCCCGCUCUUGCUAGUUCCGGUGAACUUGACGCAGCUUGACUGAGUCCAAUGGAAGCCGGAGGAAACAAUCGAGUGUGAUUAAGCUUAAAAAUAGAAGCCAAAAUAACCACAUGAGCUUAUGAACUAUAUAUUUCCUCAUCAUUCUGUGUCUGCGAGUCCAAUCGUUGCGUUUCGGAGCCGCUGAUCGGCCGUUAAGGGCGUGUGUUGGGCCUUGUUUAUAGUGAGCAGGGCAGCAGGCAGCAGCAGGCCGCUGGUCCUGGUCCUGGUGGUCCCGGUUCGGUCUGGAGUCUUAGCGCGGAUCAGCUCACCAAAGAAUAUGACCCAGAUGCAACAAUGACAUCCAGAUUUGGUAAAACCUACAGCCGCAAGGGAGGAGAGGGCACGUCCAAGUUUGACGAGGUUCUGUCCACCAAGAGGGGCACACUCAGUACCAAAUGGGGUGACACCAAAUACAAAGCCAAGGUGGGCUCUAAGCGCGCCGGCGCGCCCAAGAACGACUCAGUCCUGGAGGUUUAUAAGAGGCCCCGCCCCUGCGGAGACGGCUUGGAGGACCCGUUUGGCUUCGACAGCGACGAGGAGUCCAAGCCGGUGUCGUCGUCUCGCAGCAGCAGCAAGUCGUCGCCUGCUAAACCUUCCUCGGCGGAGCCGCCACGGGCAGAGAGGCCCAGGGUUACUCUGGACGCGGGGAGCAGGUCCGGCCUCCAGGGGGCGCCCCACGCUCUGGCGUCCGCUCGAGGAGCGUCGUGGUUGCCCAGCGACAGGAGCCAGCCCCGCCUGGUGGAGGACACGGCUCGGUUCUUCAACAGCAGCGCUAGCAUCGGAAAAUCUCAGCAGAGUUCCUCGUUGUCAGAGAACCAACACGGCUACAACUCAUGGUACCAAAACGCUUCAGAGAGCGACAAGAAGCCCCUGGCCCAGACCACCACCCUGAAGACCGGCUCCAAGGCCGAGCCCACCUUCGACUCAUGGGACGCCAUCAUGGGCCUCCGCCUGCCCUCGCCCAGCCAGGAGCCCCGCCCCCCCGCCCCCACCUUCUCUUGGACUCCUGCAGGCGUUACUAUGGGCAGCUCUGAGCUGCUGCAGACCCGCCACCAGAAGCCCCCCUCUCCUCCUCGGCUCCAGAGCCUGAGUGAGAGCGAGGACCUCGUGGGCGACUCGGACUUCCUGGUGGAGACGUCUGACUACUCUCAGACCUCCUCCUCCUCCUCCUCCUCCUCCUCUUCGCUUGUAAGAAACUCAAACUGUCGGACGUACAGGAGGCCGAACAAACACGGCUCAGGCAAAGCCUCGGACUCCAGCAGCUUCUCCACCACUGUUUUUGGUACGGAUGUUCCCAAAUCCACAUCUGAGGGCAGUAAUAAGACGACAGGUGGUGGCGGUGGUGGUGGCGGCGGACGAGGGCGGGGCAGGACGAGGGACUUCACCGUGCUGCACCCGUCCUCUGUGUCCAUGUGUAACGUCACCAUCCAGGAGCGAGGCGUGGAGGAGUUUAAGGAGUUCAGUAGUGACGCGGCGCCCUCUAGUGGCAGCAGUAGCGCCGGCUCCGGCAGCACGACGGAGCUGGGAGAGGCGGGGUGGCAACGGAAGAAGGCGGAGCAACAAAACACAAGGUUCAGACAAACCCAAACCAAGUCAAAGAAGGACAGUAAGCUGGAACUGUUUGGCUUCGAAGACGCAGACGCCCAUCAGGAGGAGAACAGCGCAGACAACACAGACGGGCGCUCCAGCUACAAGAUUCAAUACUUCGGCUUCGACGACAUGAGCGACAGCGAUGGAGCGGACGAUGACGACGACGGCUCUAAAGAGAGGAGAAGGGCCAAGAAGGCUGCAGCUGCCAAGAGGACGCCAGUCCUUCCUGAGGAAGAAUCUCCGACUGACGAGCCACCGGAUCCGUUUGAGAGUCGGGAGAGGAUGGAGCGGUUGGAGAGGAUGGAGAGGUUUGAGAGUAUGAAGAAACCCGUAGCUAAGGAGAACAAGAAGAACUCUGAGAGGCAGGAAAGCAGGAUACGAGCAGAUGUCCUGGAUUUCUCAGACGAGGGCCUCAGAGUGGUGGCCGGGGCCCCCAGGAGGCCCCCUCAGGGCAAACCCACUGACAAGAACCCAGACACCUUCAGGAGGAUCUUCAGCGCACAGAAAAAGUCUCCCACCAAAGCUGUGUACAACGCCCGACACUGGACGUUGGACAGUGAAGAAGAGCCUCCUCCAGCCUUCUUCUCACGGUCACAGGCAGCUCCUGCACCGGUCUCAGCGGGAGGAUCCAGUAAGGAGCCCUCUGAUGCUCAGAAGGAUGAUGGAGUUUUCAAGACUCCUCCUCCUCCCCCGAAGGUCACAAAGUGCGUCACCCUCCCCACGGAUCUGUACCAGGACGCUGUCACUGCACUCAAAUGCCGCAAAGAGCACAAAGAGCUGUAUACAGUGGUCCAGCAUGUGAAGCACUUCAACGAUGUGGUGGAGUUUGGAGAGAACCAGGAGUUCACUGAUGACUUUGAGUAUCUGGCGACUGGUCUGAAGACGGGACAACCUCUCAACACACGCUGCCUUAGUGUGAUCAGCCUGGCUACACGCUGUGCGAUGCCCAGCUUCAGGAUGCACCUCCGGGCCAGAGGGAAGGUGGCGCAGGUCUUCAAAACACUCAAUGACGCCCCACAACACCCGAACCUGGCUCUGUGUACGGCGUCUCUGAUGUACAUCCUGAGCAGAGACCGGUUGAACAUGGACCUGGACCGCUCCUGUCUGGACCUGAUGAUCCGGCUGCUGGAGAUGGACCACGACCAAGAAGGGGGCGGAGCCCCAGCAGAGCCGGACCCCACCACCCAGUUCAGCGCCAGAGAGAUCGCCAAGAUGAAGGAGAAGAUCAGGAAGCUGUGCGACACUGUGCACAACAAGCACCUGGACCUACAGAACAUCACGACGGGUCAUUUAGCCAUGGAGACGUUACUGUCUCUGACUUCAAAGCGAGCAGGAGACUGGUUCAAAGAGGAGCUGCGGCUACUGGGAGGACUGGACCACAUCGUAGAUAAAGUGAAGGAGUGUGUUAAUAACUUAAACCAGGAGGAGGAGAAGGAGAAGAUGAUGUCAUCUCUGUGGGGAGCUGAGAGAUGUUUACGGGUGUUGGAGAGUGUGACGGUUCACAACCCGGAGAACCAGAGCUACCUGAUCGCCUACAAGGACUCCUCACUCAUCAUCUCCUCUGCAAAGGCUCUGAGGAGGUGUGAGGAGAUGAUCCAGCGUUACAGCAGAGAGCUGAACGCAGACGGAGCCGUGGGGAAAGCAGUGGAGGACUGUAUGAGAGCCAUCAUAGGAGUCCUGCUCAACCUGACACACGACAACGAGUGGGGCAGUACGAAGACUGGAGAACAGGAGGAUUUAAUCAUGACGGCUCUCAACUGUGUUCUCAAAGUACCUCAGUAUCUUCCACAAGAGCAGAGGUUCGACAUCCGAGUGCUGGGUCUGGGUCUGCUCAUCAACCUGGUGGAGUACAGUGCCAAGAACAAGUACAGCCUGAUGGAGAUGGAGAUGGAGGGAGGUCAGGGUCCCUGCGACUCCACCGUCCUGCUAAACCCUCCUCACCUGGACUUCAUCAGCAGCGGCCCGCUCAGCGCCAUCGCUGCACUCGUCCAGCUGUUCCUCCAGCGGGAGCGGGCGGCCAUCUUGGCUGAGGCGCAGACUGAUGACCUCAUCAAGGAGCCAGCGAAGCCGGCGGACCAGAGCGGCCAGUGGCAGGAGACGGGCGGGGAGAUCCAGUGGGUCGCCAACGACAACACCAACACCACCGCCACGGACAAACAGGAAGAAGAGAAGAAGAAGGAGAAAGACGAGGAGGACGAGGAGCUGGACCUCAACAAAGCUCUGCAACAUGCAGGGAAGCACAUGGAGGACAGCAUCGUAGCCUCCUACACAGCACUGCUGCUGGGCUGCCUGUGUCAGGGGAGCCCUUUGAAUGUGACUACUGUGAGAGAAAACCUUCCAAAAGGAGAUUUCUCCAUCAUGACAGAAAUGCUGAAAAAGUUCCUCAACUUCAUGAACCUCACUUGUGACGUCGGCACCGCGGGUCAGAAGUCCAUCUCCCGGAUCAUUGACUAUCUGGAGCACUGCUAGAGAGAAGCCUGUCACACAAACAUUAACCUUCAUCUUCAUCAUCAUCAUCACCAUCUCACAUCUCACUCUUUCACCCAACACAUCUUCAUCACCAUCAUCACCAUCCUCAUCCUCCCUGACAGUGUUGUGACCAGACCCUCCUCAUCCUCCCAAUUAAGGAACUUAGGUUUAAAACUCCAACACGAUCCAUUAAAGUGACUGUUGGGGGACUUUUUUCCCUCUAAAUGUACUGUGACCACGUGUUAUUUCGCUCUAAAUUGAGCUCAGUAUUUUGUUUUUUCUAUUCAUAAAAGUUAUUCAGAACGAUAUUUUUCGGACCGUU